AUGGGUUGUUGCGCCUGUUCCAUUCUCGACAAGUUUGCAUUUCUCGCCAUCUCCAAUACAUCUAGCACAAUGGCAUCGGCGGCAGCAGCAGUACAAGCCCUCACGGAGCGCACGAGGGUGAUUUUCGGCAAUGACUUCGACGAGACGCCCGACCCUAGCUAUUCUUCGAUAGCGACCACGUACAAGCGAAAAGUCGAGUAUGAAAGCGUUCGCGAAUUGCCCAAGGCACUGGCAGAGAAGCAGGCCAAGUCUGCUGCUGCGCGAGGUCCAAAGCGGCCGAGGGUUCAGGCAGGAUCUAAUCAGAUGGCAUUGGUGAAGAGCGAGGGAAAUGCAGGACCACAAAGUCAAUCGACGCAGACGAACGGGACGGGAAACAGUCUGAUCCGAAGACCAAACAUGCAACAGCCUCGGCCGGAGUGGCACGCGCCGUGGAAGCUGAUGCGAGUCAUAUCAGGACACCUUGGCUGGGUACGAGCGCUCGCCGUGGAACCUGGUAACGAAUGGUUCGCGUCAGGUGCGGGUGACCGAACGAUUAAAAUUUGGGAUCUUGCGACGGGACAGCUCCGGUUGACAUUGACCGGCCACAUUUCUACAGUUCGCGGACUGGCCGUCUCUCCGCGACACCCUUACCUUUUCUCGUGUGGCGAGGACAAAAUGGUCAAGUGCUGGGACUUGGAAACGAACAAGGUUAUCCGACACUACCACGGCCAUUUGUCGGGGGUCUACACGCUUUCGCUGCAUCCGACACUUGACGUGUUGGUGACUGGCGGACGAGAUGGUGUUGCACGCGUCUGGGAUAUGCGGACACGAUCAAACAUUCACGUUCUCAGCGGCCACAAGGGCACCGUUUCGGAUGUCAAGUGCCAGGAGGCAGAUCCUCAGGUCAUAACGUCAAGUCUCGACAGCACGGUCCGGCUUUGGGAUCUGGCGGCAGGAAAGACAAUGGGUGUAUUGACACAUCACAAGAAGGGUGUAAGGGCAUUGGCCCUGCAUCCCAAAGAAUUCACCUUCGCCUCCGGGUCUGCGGGCUCGAUCAAGCAGUGGAAGUGUCCCGAAGGCGCGUUCAUGCAGAACUUUGAGGGCCACAACGCCAUCAUCAACACCUUGGCUGUCAACGAGGACAAUGUUCUGUUCAGCGGUGGCGACAACGGGAGUAUCUCGUUCUGGGAUUGGAAGACCGGCCACAGGUUCCAGAGCACGGAGUCGUUGGCGCAGCCUGGUUCUCUGGAUGCCGAGGCUGGCAUCAUGAGUAGUACUUUCGAUCAGACCGGGCUGCGUCUCAUCAUGGGCGAGGCGGAUAAGACCAUCAAGAUCUGGAGACCGGAUCCAGAAGCUACCCCUGAGACUCACCCACUGGACUGGAAGCCAACGCUAGGAAGGGUCAAGUACUGA